CAAUUUUGAAAAUUAUAAACCCUAUUGUACGCUUCUCUGUCUUUCUCUGCGCCUCCGUUCAACAAUUUCCCUAUCACUCUCUCUUGCUUUUCGUCCGUCGGCCGCCGAUUGCCGCCGUCUGCCACUGUCCGGCCGACGCCGUUCUUCCGUUUGUUUCUCUGAUCGUUUACAAGCCCUCCCUAUCAGUCUCUCUUUUACACAUCGAAGCGAGGCGGCGGAGAUGGCGGGCGGCCGGUCGCCGUCCGUUGUGAACCGUGGUUUUCUUCUUCAGCGGAUUCAGUCUUGUCGACAUAAAUGUCCCACCGUCGACGACAUCGUCGACCAUCUCCAGUCCACUUACAGGGACUACCGAGGCCUCAAGAAGGCACCGUUCACUUCAAUUGUCCAACAAACCCUCGACUCGCAGUUGAAAAACUGCCCUAAAUCUACUCCCUCUACUUCCACACCGAAUUCGAUCAAGCGCCGACAACUAGGUUCUGAAGAACAAGACCCCAAUUGCGGCCGUGAAAGUGCCAUUCAGAAGAAGAAGCAGAAGAAAGCCGACGUAAGCGAGCAGAGGUUGCAGAGUAUGGAGAAUAUGCACCUCAGGAAGAUACAACUCAGUAGUCAGGAUGAUCCUUCUUCAUCUUCUUCGUCGUCUUCAUCGGAUUCCGAUAAUAGUGGCGAUGGAGCGGUAUCGACAUCGGAGGAUGCUAUAUAUGGAGAGAAAUUCGAGCCCGAAUUUGAUUUGAUGAAGUCGAUGCUUCGAACAUCUUAUAUCGAGUCGAAAAAAGUGAAGCCCGAGCAUUUAGAGAAGAGUGUGGAAUUGGAAGUUGCCACAGACAAUAAGGUUGCUGAAAAAAUUGACGUGGGAGGGAAUGCGAGCAAGGGGCUAUUGAAGAAGGAGGAUCGAGGCUCUCUUAAUGGGACAGAAACAGGGGAGGCGAAGGAGGAAGGGCCCAGGUUUAAGGAUUUGGGAGGCAUGAAAAGUGUGCUGGAGGAAUUGAAGAUGGAGGUCAUUGUGCCGCUCUACCAUCCACAGCUGCCUCAGUGGUUAGGGGUUAGGCCCAUGGCCGGAAUUUUGCUACACGGACCCCCUGGUUGUGGGAAGACGAAAUUGGCUCACGCCAUUGCGAAUGAAACUGGUGUGCCUUUCUAUAAGAUCUCGGCCACGGAGGUUGUUUCGGGUGUAUCAGGUGCAUCAGAAGAAAAUAUUAGAGAGCUCUUUUCUAAGGCCUAUAGGACAGCACCCUCAAUAGUUUUUAUUGAUGAGAUUGAUGCGAUUGCAUCAAAGAGAGAAAAUCUACAAAGAGAGAUGGAGAGACGGAUUGUAACACAAUUAAUGACUUGCAUGGAUGGUUUCCACAAGCUUGUAAAUUCUGCUGAUCCAAGCUCACAAAAAGAUAAUUCCAAUGUUGGACCAGGCUACGUUCUUGUAAUUGGUGCAACCAAUAGACCUGAUGCUGUUGAUCCUGCAUUAAGGAGGCCUGGCCGUUUUGAUCGUGAAAUUGUAUUAGGUGUUCCAGAUGAAAAUGCGAGGGCUGAAAUUCUCUCUGUUCUUACCAGCAACUUGAGACUGGAAGGUUCUUUUGAUCUUCUAAAAAUAGCUAGGGCAACCCCGGGGUUUGUUGGAGCUGAUUUGACUGCAUUGGCUAAUAAGGCUGGUAAUCUUGCCAUGAAGAGAAUAAUUGAUCAAAGAAAAUGUGAGUUAUCUACAGAUUUUGUAGACGAGGAAUAUAAAGAAGAUUGGUGGAAGCAACCUUGGGUUCCUGAAGAGAUGGAAAAAUUGGCUAUAACCAUGACUGACUUUGAGGAAGCAAUUAAAAUGGUGCAACCUUCCUUGAGAAGAGAAGGGUUUUCUGCAAUUCCCAGUGUAAAAUGGGGAGAUGUUGGAGGCCUAGAACAACUAAGAGCAGAGUUUGAUCGAUAUGUGGUUAGACGUGUAAAGUAUCCCGAGGAUUAUGAGGGCUUCGGUGUGGAUCUAGAGACUGGAUUCUUGCUAUAUGGUCCUCCAGGAUGUGGCAAGACACUAAUUGCUAAGGCGGUUGCAAAUGAGGCAGGAGCCAAUUUCAUUCACAUUAAGGGGCCCGAGCUGCUAAAUAAAUAUGUUGGAGAAAGUGAACUUGCAGUUCGUACACUAUUUAGUCGGGCAAGGGCAUGCUCACCAUGCAUUCUUUUCUUUGAUGAGGUCGAUGCUUUAACGACAAAACGUGGUAAAGAAGGGGGAUGGGUUGUAGAGCGAUUAUUGAACCAGUUACUCAUAGAGUUAGAUGGAUCAGAACAACGACGAGGUGUUUUUGUUAUUGGUGCUACAAAUAGACCUGAGGUCAUGGAUCCUGCUGUAUUGCGACCAGGUAGAUUUGGCAAACUUCUUUAUGUUCCUUUGCCUGGUCCAAGUGAGCGAGGGUUGGUCUUAAAAGCUCUUGGAAGAAAGAAGCCCAUUGAUGUCAGUGUAGAUUUACUUGCAAUUGGACAAAUGGAGGCUUGCGAAAAUUUUAGUGGGGCUGAUCUUGCUGCUCUGAUGAAUGAAGCUGCAAUGGCUGCUUUGGAAGAAAAAUUGACAUUAAUCGGAAGUAAUUUGGAUUCAACACCAUCGCCAUGUACCGUCAAGAUGUCACAUUUUGAGUGCGGAUUAGCUAAGAUCUCUCCAUCUGUGUCAGAAAAGCAAAAACAAUUCUAUGAGAUUUUGUCAAAGAGCUUAAAAGCUGCAUAGUGGACGGAAGACAAUUCUACAAUAUACAAAAUGAUAAAUUGUAUGGUUGCUGGCAAAUGUCAAGUGUUGAAAAGGCAGCAAAAAGAGUUGACCCGAAAUGUGGGCCUCCUUCUGUGAAGGGAGGGGGAAAUUGUUGUUAUUUAUCAUCAUUUUUCUUUCCACAUUACAAAUGACAAACAUUAUUUGCUGUCACAAAAUUUUGUUUAAUGUCAAUGCAAAAAUGUACUUUCAUUCAGGAUUAUGAGAUUAUUUAUUUAGGCCA